AUGGUCGUUCUCGGAAAGGUGGAUCAUGGUGAUCACACACGGCCACAGGACGAAGUAAAAGACGGAGACCAUGGGCUCGUUUUCCUGUUCCGGCCGUUCCUUGGAGGGUGGUCCCAAACAAUGGGAACGUUCUGUACAGCAGGAGCAGCACCCGGCUCUGUCCUGGCAAAGCUCAUCCUUCAGUACAUCAUACCCCUCACCAACGCAACAGUUCUUGUGCAAGCCAUCACAUGCGAGAACUCCACAACAAACCAGGCUCCACUGAGGGCUCUAGGCAUAUCAGCUGAAGGAGACCCAGUCACGUCCUUUGAGCACCCUACUGUCCCAGACAUGAAAGUCACCUGCAUCAUAGAUGUUCCACACAUUUUUAAAUGCAUCCGGAACAACCUCCUGAAAGUAGGAAAAUUCAUUCUUCCUGGUGGUAAAGAAGUCUACCAUCGCCAUUACCAAGCUCUUCUUGAGUACGAAGAACAACAGUGUGCUUUGUGAGCUGUGGCGAAGCUCACAAAGGCACACAUCUACCCAAAUGCAUUUCAAAAGAUGAACGUGAAGCUCGCAGUGCAGCUGUUCAGUGAAUCCGUGGCGACAUCCAUGGAGUUUUAUAGCACACGACAAGAAUGCAAAAAAGCUGCAUGGCUGUGAAGAAACACUUUCUUUCACUCGAAGGCUGAAUGCACUCUUCGACAGCCUGAACCUUCAGCGGCCAGAUGACUUGGCAAACGCUGGGCCAGGACAACUAAAUGUCAUAAAAGAGAGCAUUGCAUGGCUGGAGGAAUGGUGUGCAUUUAGGAAGACACUGACUCAGCAGCAGCAGGCAUGCUUUCUAAGCAAAAAGACUUGUUCUG